CAUAGUGAAAAAAAUGACCAAAAGGGUUCAUUGGAGCAAACAUUAUCCAGGUGGUGGUGAUAGUAAUCUAUAUCCAUAUAUAUAUAAAUGAGUGAAAAGAACGCAGGAGGGUAAGAGAGUGGGGAGAUGAGAAAGAAGUAUGUGGGGGUAUUGGGAAACUAAAAUCCCAAGUCAGAAAGCAAUAAUAAAAAAGCCUGUUCUUUUCCUUAAAUUAUUUUAAUAUACUAAAGGAGCCGUACUGAUACGCUAUCCUGUUCUUAAAGAUACAUCAAGAUUUUCUUCACUUCAAUGCUCUUUCUCUCUAUCUCUCUUCUGAUUGCUCUUUCUUCCUCCUCCUCCGAAGAGCUGUAUUAUUACUUCAUUAGCUCAUACAUGUAAUCCAAACCCAUCUCUUUGUUUUUUUGCUAUAAGUUUCAGAGAGAAUAGCUACUACUAAAUUUAGUAGUUAUAGUAAUUAAAAAUGCAAAGCUUUCGAGCAGCUCCAUCAAACCCUCAAUUGUACACUCACUCUUCCUUCUAUUUCAGGGGAGAUGAGUGUAGCCGAAACCAAACACGGUUCUCGGAUCUUGGGGAGCUUGAACACUCCGCAGCCGCUUUUCCUCACGAUGAUGCUGUUGAUUUAAGCCCAAGCUCCAUCUUCAGUUUAAAAUCAAACAACAUCGCUGUUUUACCUAAUAACUUACACCUCGGGGCUUUCAACCCGAGUGCAGUGUGUUUGGACAUAGCUCCAACGACAACAGAGACGAGCUGCGUCGACACAGGGCAAGGCCAAGGGUUGCAACAGCAACAGCAACAGUUGGUGUACCAUCAUCAUCAUCUGCAGCAGCGGCAGCAGCAGCAGAAGCCGACGAAGGUCGUCGUUUCACCUUUGGGAAGCGGACACUUUGAGAAUUGGGGUGAUUCAGCCAUGGCAGACAAUAGCCAGCAGACUGACACUUCUACAGAUGUUGACACCGAUGAUAAAAACCAUUUUCAAGGAAUGCAGCAUGCCUCACUUGUAGUCGUGGAUUCCAUGGAGGACCAGUCAGCCAAGGUCAUAACUGGUGACCAAAAGACACUGCGCAGGCUGGCUCAGAAUCGAGAGGCAGCAAGGAAGAGUCGACUUAGGAAGAAAGCAUAUGUCCAGCAAUUGGAGAGUAGUCGACUUAGGCUUUCACAACUAGAGCAAGAGCUUCAACGAGCACGUCAACAGGGUAUGUUUAUUGCUUCUGGAUUUUCAGGGGAUCAUAAUCAGUUGAUGGCAGGAAAUGGGGCGCUUGCAUUUGACCUGGACUAUGCACGCUGGCUUGAUGAACAACAACGGUUAAUAAAUGAUCUAAGAUCGGCUGUAAAUUCCCACAUGGGCGACAAUGAGUUACGUGUUCUUGUUGAUGGAGUGAUGGCGCACUACGAUGAAAUAUUCAGGCUGAAGAGCAUUGGUGCCAAGGCUGAUGUCUUCCACAUGCUCUCUGGCAUGUGGAAGACCCCCGCCGAGAGGUGUUUUAUGUGGUUGGGCGGGUUCAGAUCAUCAGAAGUUCUCAAGAUACUAGGGAACCACCUCGAACCUUUGACAGAUCAACAGUUGUUGGGCAUAUGUAACCUACAGCAAUCUUCUCAACAGGCUGAGGACGCCUUGUCACAAGGCAUGGAAGCUCUGCAGCAAUCUCUUGUGGAAACGCUUUCCUCAGCCACGCUAGGGCCCGCUGGAUCAGGAAAUGUUGCUGAUUACAUGGGUCAAAUGGCUAUCGCAAUGGGCAAGCUGGCUACUCUAGAGAACUUCCUUUACCAAGCUGAUCUUUUGAGGCAGCAAACUCUACAACAAAUGCAUCGAAUUCUGACCACUCGCCAAGCUGCUCGUGCUCUACUCGUCAUAAAUGAUUACUUUUCUCGCCUUAGAGCACUCAGUUCGCUAUGGUUGGCGCGCCCCAGGGAGUGAUAUACCUCAUUCUCAAUUUAACUGUCAUGUAACUUAACAUCUUAAUUAAUUAAGCAGCGAUAUUCCCAUACGUUAGGAAGAAGAAUUUAACAGUUCUGGGAAGAAAGGCAAAUAUAGCAAAGCCCUUUAGGUUGGCAUAGUGAAUAUGAUGAUAUGUAUAUGGCUUCCUAGAACAUAACCCGGUGGGCCCAAUGGUGACUAAUGGUAAAAUUAGUAGGGAUACUUCUUUCUUUUCCUAGCUCUUGGGGCAAGGACCGAUUCAUGUAUAACCCAUUUUCCCCUUAUAUGGAGGUAGCCUAUACCAACUUUUAUUUUACAAGGAAUGUGUUAAAAAUGAUUAGUAGUUGUUUAAACAAGCAUUAAAAAUGUAAUGUGCCAUGUUAUGC